UCAAAAAUUCUUUUGAGGUCAAUUACGUGAAUCUCAGUGCAGUUUUAAAAACAUGGGAAAAGGGAAAUCCAAGCUGGGGAAAGAAGUAUUUCAAACCCUGUGGUUUAAGACCUGAUUCAGUAAUGUGGUCUGAAUACACACCUAAAGAAGGUGUGAGAUGCGUCCGUAUGGCCUAAGACGAAGUAUUCGAUGUCCUAAGAAAUAUGGGGAAGCUAUUAAGGAGAGGACGUCAAUGCUGGCUCCAAGUCAGGAUCUGGACUUAGUGAGUGAGCAGAGUGAAGCACACCCGCAGAAAAAAACACUGGAUGACAAAUAUAUAAGGAAUGCUGCUGUUGUUCCAGAUCUGAAACAGACCUGUGAUGAAGAAGCCCUCUCCACUGAAGAUAAAACCUGCAGCUGUGCGUCAACUAGCCAGCCGUGUUCUCUGAUGAUCCACGGCUUCACGGUACCAGAGUACCAGCAGAUGUAUCAUUCAGUGGUGGAUCCCCUGCUCCUAAGUCACUGCGGGAAGCUCACAGCCUACAGUUUGCAGCUGGGACGCAAUAUUAAGGAGCAGCUGUUUACAGAGCUGGCUUACCCGACGCUUCAAAUUUCAGAGCAGCCAAAUGGGAGAGUGGAGGUGAUGGAGAGAUUCUGCGUGCUCCGCCCGACACCUUUCAUAGACGUUGACAGUUGAGGGGAACAACUGUAAUAUUCCCACAGACUUUCUCCAUGCUGGAUUUCUAGUUCUUGAUACUUUAUUUGGUUGAUUGUAAUUCUCCUUUUUCCUUUGUACAAAAUAAUGUGGAAAACGGAUCCGCAUUUCAAAUGGUUUCUGAACAAAAUCUGUUGAACUUUAAUUUCUUAUCUAAUUUCCUCAAUCUGUGAAUGCUGGACUUAAAGUGGCGUUUAAAUCCGUUAUGUCCACUGUGCUCAAUCCAUAUCUCUUUUUUUUUUUUCUUCUUGUGAGCAUCAAACUCUGACAUAAUGUAAUGCGCUGUCUGUUCGUAUAACAGAGCGUAUUUUGUCUACAACAGGGACAGAGCUGAUUUCUACCUUUCAUCAGUUGUCGUCAUAAAACUCUACUCAGUAACAGAAGCAUCAUAAAACUAGCAAACUAGUUCAUGUUCCUGAGCAUAAAUAUGAGAAGCACAUAACAAAUGAAUUACGCUGUUGAGUUCAUUAAACAUCUGUGAUGUAAACAAA